GUUGGCUUUGCCAGUUGCUGUUUUGACCAUCAAUAUCUGGGUUCGAUCGCUACAAUUCAAUUUAGUUUUAAUUCUCAACGCGAAGCGUUAAAACCUACGUGCGCUUAACUUAAAACGAUCUUGAUUAUUAUUAGUGUUAAUAUAAUUUUGACACUGUCAUUUUGACAACUUACAAGAAAUUAAAUAUUUUCUUUUGAAAAUAACUAAAAACAACAACAAGAGUGAAACUUCAUUUUGUGUUAAAUACAUUUUGUGGAUUACAAGUGUUUUAUUUAGUUUUAGUUGUUUGUCUCUCUCCACACAUACAAAAAAAAAAAAAAUGAGGAAAACCUUAGUGCUCUUGUGCUUAGCCUUGGCUUGCCUCUCACACACACAGGCUGCUGUCUAUAGACGUGGUGAUAAAAUUUCCGAAAAUUUCAAACAAUUAGAUUUGGCACCCGAGGAAAUUGAUCCCGAUGUAGCUCCCCUAUCACAUCAUCAACAGCAACAACAACAACAACAACAAAUCGAAACUGUCGACGAGACAACCGAUGAAAUUUUAAAUGUCAAUGAAAAUGAAAUACUCGAUGAGGCGGGUGAUAAUGAAAUUAUUGAUGAAUCAGCUAAUGAAAUACCACAGUCAGUAGCUACCGUGGCACCUGUUGUAGCCACUACUGUGGCUCCUGUUACCGUAGCCGCCGCCCCUGCUGAGGCUGCAGCAGCUACUCCUGUUAAGGGAGAACCUGAACCUACCGGUUUGGCUAAAUACUGUAAAUGUAAUGAGAAUCAUUGUGAUUGUUGCCGUAACUUCAAUUUGCCCUUGAUUCCCGUUAAAGGACCUGGUUGCGCUAGAAUGACCUAUUUGGGUAAUGAGAAAAUGUCCAUCAGUUUGAAAUAUGGUGAUUUGACUUUGGCCAGCAGAACUGUAUCCAGCAAGAGAGCACGUCCAAUUUGUGUAGGUCUUCCCGGUGGUUACUCACAAUUCUGUGGUCGUGUUUAUGGUUUGUCCAAGGCUAAUGAGAAUUUCAAGGCCUGUUUAGGUUUUGAAUUGAGAGCUGAUGAUGAAGUUGAGGCUGCUUUGAGAGUGUCCUGUUUCAAAUUUGGGCCAGAAGGUUUGAGAGUAGCUGAGGCCGAACCUUUGCCUGUUGAAACCAACAAGGAGGAAGACGAUGAUGAUGACGACAUUUUUGGUUUUGGUGCUGGUGAUGAUGAGGAAGAAGAAGACGAUUACAAUGAGGAUGAUGAAGAAGAAGAGGAAGAAGCUGAUGAUGAUGCCGAUACCGAUAGUGAUGCCGAAUAUGCUGAUGAUGAUGCUGAAGAUGAAGCCCCCGCCGAUGCUGAUUAUGGUGGUUUCAGUUUAGCCGGCCUUUUGGAUGAAUUAGACGAUGACGAAGAUGAGGAAUCCAAACCCAGCGUUACCCCUGUUGUUGCUCCCGCUGAUGCCUCCACCCGUACCGCAGUAGACUCUGUACAAAGUAAAGAUGACAAAGGUAGCGCUGCUGCUACGGCACCAGCUGUUGAAGCCAUGGAAACAGCAGCUCCAGUUGCUGCGAUGACAGAUCUAGCCACCACUGCCCCUGAAAGUAUGCCCGACACUACUGCCAAAACGAAAAAAUCUAAGAAAGCUAGAAAGAACAAGAAAAAGAAGGCUGCCGAUUCGGAGGGUGAUUUCGCCUAUGAAAUUUUGAAUGGUCUGCUGGAUUUUUUCAACUGAGCUUGCAAAGUGAAUUUGCAAGCAUGCUUGGUAAUAGUGUAAAUACUUUAUAUGCGAAUUGAGUACGAAGCGUGGACGUGAAUUUUAGUUUUAAGUUUUUGACACACAAAAAAGAAUGAAAUGAAAUUAUUUAAUUAUUUAUUGAAAGUAAAAGAAAAAGUGUUAAUUUAUUUCAAUUUAAAUUAAGAAAAUUGAAUUGUAAAUUAAUUUAAUUUAUUUAUUUAUUAAAAGAAAAAU